CCCGCUGUGUUCAAGCCGGAGAUAUCUCGGGUCUUCAAGAUCCACUUGUACUUUGGAGCACCGCAUUGAAGCUUUUGUGGUCGCAGGCGCUACGUUCUUACAGGACAUCACCAUCCGAGGGAGGGGAUGACGGCGGUCUUCAGAAUGUGGCCAUUAAGGAGAAUAAACCUUCCAGCCAUCUGUUGUCUAUUUAUUCUCAAGGUUUGCCUAACUACACCUCAGUGCAAACCCUACAUGGAUCUAGCAGGUAAACUAGGGACCAACUGUAGUCAUCAGUCCCUGGUGUCUGUCCCUCAUUCUAUCUCACUGGACACAGAGAUCCUCUUACUGAGCUACAACAAUCUCACCACGGUGGCUUCAAGCUCAUUUGCAAUCCUCUCAAAACUCCAAGACAUAGACCUUUCCAACAACAUGAUUCAACACUUUGACUCGGACUUUCCUCUCCCGGUAAUAAAGUUAGAUCUCUCGGCAAACUCCUUGACCAGAAUUCCCGACUUCAGCAACCUCCGGAAUCUCAGAAUGCUCAUCCUCGAUCACAAUAAGAUACAGGCUCUCCCUGAGGGAGCUUUCGAUGUCCUGGUGUCACUGGAGGAACUGAGUCUCAGUGGAAACGCAAUCCAGGCUAUCCCUGAGAACAUCUUUGACCCUCUUGAGAACCUCAAAUAUUUAACCCUGUCUGCAAACAACAUCGAAAACUUCGGUGUAAAUGCACUGGGAGAUCUGGAAAAUCUGGAUAAGUUUGAUAUCUCAAACAACAACUUGCAAUCAAUUCCUCAGAAUUUUCUGAAUGUGUUUGUACCCUACAUCUACCUUUACAAUAAUCCAUGGCACUGUCAGUGUGACACUGUGGAACCACUGAUUGAAUGGAUUCAGUCCAAUGAUGGUAGCAUCUAUAACAGCAGAAAGGAGGCUGAUUUGAAGAGUGUUACUUGUUCAACUCCACGUGCAUGGUUUGGGACACCAAUUAUCGAUUUCCCUUUUGAGCAAAUCUGUGAGAUCAUUACAAUGACUGAAACGAUCCCUCAGACAUCCACUGUUACAGAAAGACCCCAAAUCACCACUGCACACAGGCACUUAAUAACAACACCACCUUUGGGGGCUUGUGCUGGAUACACUGAUCUAGCAGGUAAACCAGGAAUCAACUGUAGUCAUCGCUCCCUAGUGUCUGUCCCUCAGUCUCUCCCAUUAGACACAGAGAUCCUCUUACUGAGCUACAACAAUCUCACCACGGUGGCUUUAAGCUCAUUUGAAAUCUUCUCAAAUCUCAGUGACCUUGACCUUUCCAACAACAUGAUUCAACACUUUGACUCGGACUUUCCUCUCCCGGUAAUAAAGUUAGAUCUCUCGGCAAACUCCUUGACCAGAAUUCCCGACUUCAGCAACCUCCGGAAUCUCAGAACACUCAUCCUCGAUCACAAUAAGAUACAGGCUCUCCCUGAGGGAGCUUUCGAUGUCCUGGUGUCACUGGAGGAACUGAGUCUCAGUGGAAACGCAAUCCGGGCUAUCCCUGAGAACAUCUUUGACCCUCUUGAGAACCUCAAAUAUUUAACCCUGUCUGCAAACAACAUCGAAAACUUCGGUGUAAAUGCACUGGGAGAUCUGGAAAAUCUGGAUAAGUUUGAUAUCUCAAACAACAACUUGCAAUCAAUUCCUCAGAAUUUUCUGAAUGUGUUUGUACCCUACAUCUACCUUUACAAUAAUCCAUGGCACUGUCAGUGUGACACUGUGGAACCACUGAUUGAAUGGAUUCAGUCCAAUGAUGGUAGCAUCUAUAACAGCAGAAAGGAGGCUGAUUUGAAGAGUGUUACAUGUUCAACUCCACGUGCAUGGUUUGGGACACCAAUUAUCGAUUUCCCUUUUGAGCAAAUCUGUGAGAUCAUUACAAUGACUAAAACGGUCCCUCAGACAUCCACUGUUACAGAAAGACCCCAAAUCACCACUGCACACAGGCACUUAAUAACAACACCACCUUUGGGGGCUUGUGCUGGAUACACUGAUCUAGCAGGUAAACCAGGAAUCAACUGUAGUCAUCGCUCCCUAGUGUCUGUCCCUCGGUCUCUCCCAUUGGACACAGAGAUCCUCUUACUGAGCUACAACAAUCUCACCACGGUGGCUUUAAGCUCAUUUGAAAUCUUCUCAAAUCUCAGUGACCUUGACCUUUCCAACAACAUGAUUCAACACUUUGACUCGGACUUUCCUCUCCCGGUAAUAAAGUUAGAUCUCUCGGCAAACUCCUUGACCAGAAUUCCCGACUUCAGCAACCUCCGGAAUCUCAGAACACUCAUCCUCGAUCACAAUAAGAUACAGGCUCUCCCUGAGGGAGCUUUCGAUGUCCUGGUGUCACUGGAGGAACUGAGUCUCAGUGAAAACGCGAUCCGGGCUAUCCCUGAGAACAUCUUUGACCCUCUUGAGAACCUCAAAUAUUUAACCCUGUCUGCAAACAACAUCGAAAACUUCGGUGUAAAUGCCCUGGAAAACAAGGAGUAUUUAGAUGUAUUUGAUAUCUCAAACAACAUCCUGCAGACAAUUCCUCAAAACUUUUUGAAAAUCUCAGCACCCUACAUCUACCUUUACAAUAAUCCAUGGCACUGUCAGUGUGACACUGUGGAACACCUGAUUGAAUGGAUUCAGUCCAAUAAUGGUAGCAUCUAUAACAGCAGAAAGGAGGCUGAUUUGAAGAGUGUUACAUGUUCAACUCCACGUGAAUGGUUUGGGACACCAAUUAUCGAUUUCCCUUUUGAGCAAAUCUGUGAGAUCAUUACAAUGACUGAAACGAUCCCUCAGACAUCCACUGUUACAGAAAGACCCCAAAUCACCACUCCACACAGGCACUUAAUAACAACACCACCUUUGGGGGCUUGUGCUGGAUACACUGAUCUAGCAGGUAAACCAGGAAUCAACUGUAGUCAUCGCUCCCUAGUGUCUGUCCCUCGGUCUCUCCCAUUGGACACAGAGAUCCUCUUACUGAGCUACAACAAUCUCACCACGGUGGCUUUAAGCUCAUUUGAAAUCUUCUCAAAUUUUAGUGACCUUGACCUUUCCAACAACAUGAUUCAACACUUUGACUCGGACUUUCCUCUCCCAGUAAUAAAGUUAGAUCUCUCGGCAAACUCCUUGACCAGAAUUCCCGACUUCAGCAACCUCCGGAAUCUCAGAACGCUCAUCCUCGAUCACAAUGAGAUACAGGCUCUCCCUGAGGGAGCUUUCGAUGGCCUGGUGUCACUGGAGGAACUGAGUCUCAGUGGAAACGCAAUCCGGGUUAUCCCUGAGAACAUCUUUGACCCUCUCGAAAACCUCAAAUAUUUAACCUUGUCUGCAAACAACAUCAAGAAUCUUCCCAGCAGCUCACUGCACAACUUAAAAAGUCUGACAACAUUAGAUGUCUCGGAUAACCAGCUGAGAACAAUCCCUCCGGAUUUCUUAGAGGGACACCCCAUGCUGUAUUUGCGUCUGUCUAACAAUCCCUGGCUCUGUGAUUGUGACAUUCAGUACCUAACGGAAUGGAUCAGGGCUAGGAAUAAAGUCAAUGGUGGAGGAACUUUCAACCCCACAGACACUGUUUGCAAUGACCCCCCUGCAAUGAGGGGACUGUCCUUCCUUGAGCUGCACCCGUCAGAGCUGUGCACCACUAGCCUUCCUGGAUACACGACCCUGACAGUUCUCAGCACUGCAGGCCUGCAGACCACCACACAACUCCUGAGCCCCGAUCCUGAUGAGGCUGUUCACCGCUGGGCGCCAUCUUCUGCCCUCCUUGAGGCACUGAGCAUGCUCAGAUGGAGCUGUUUCCUCCUCUUCCUCCUGCACGGCCUCUGGUUCCUCCUUCUGCUGCUGGAGAGUGGUCUGCUCCUGUUCUACACCCUCCGCUUCCACCACCGGGGAUACGUGCCCAUGAAGCAUCUCGCCAGGAAACGCCUUGGCAUCCGACUGGUGAGGUACAGCCUGCUGGUGCCCACCCCUCGCCAGAUCUACCCCAUCCUCAGCCCCUUCGGGGAGCCGGGAGUCAUGGAGGAGGCCAGUGGCGGACUUCCACCGGACAGUGUCUUGAGGCCACAGUUGAAGGCUCCUAGGCCGUCUUCCGAUCAUACUCCUGCUCAUUCCUCGUGGACGGUCAACUCCGUCAAAGCCUGCGAGGUUUGCGAUUAAACCCCUGGGGGAUCUGAAUUUGCCCCGAUAUCAUCUCUAUUGGCGUAUGUAACAGCAAAUGGCACCACUUGAUCAGAUCCUCUGCAUCAUCAGGAGGCCGACAUAGAACAUUCCAGAACAGUACAGGCCCUUCAGCCCUGAAUGUUGCGCCAACCUGUGAAACCAAUCUGAAGCCCAUCUGACCUUUACUAUCCCAAUACCAUCCAUAUGUUUAUCCAAUGACCAUUAAAAUGCCCUGGACCAGUGUUGCAGGCUGGCCAUUCCACGCCCUCUAAGUGAAGAACCUACCUCUGACACCUGUCCUAUACCUAUCACCCCUAAAACAAAGUUUAAAAAUCCCCCAAUACCAGGUUCAAGUCCAACAGGUUUAUCUGGAAGCACUAGCUUUCGGAGCGCUGCCCCUUCAUCAGGUGGUUGUGGAGCAGGAUAAUUAGACUCAGCGUUUAUAGCAAAAGGUCUCAUCGUAAUGCAACUGAAACGAUUAUAUUGAACAAACCUAGAUUGCUGUUAAGUCUUUCAUCUUCCAGAAUGGUGAGCGGCACGGUGGCACAGUGGUUAGCACUGCUACCUCACAGCGCCAGGGACCUGGGUUCAAUUCCCGCCUCAGGCGACUGACUGUGUGGAGUUUGCACAUUCUCCCUGUGUCUGUGUGGGUUUCCUUCCACAGUCCAAAGAUGUGCAGGUUAGGUGAACUGGCCAUGCUAAAUUGCCUGUAGUGUUAGGUAUAGGGGAAUGGGUCUGGGUGGCUUGCUCUUCGGAGGGUCAGUGUGGACUUGUUGGCCGAAGGGUCUGUAAGUAAUCUAAUCUAAUGGGUUGCAAGUUUUGGUUCAUUAGUAUGUAAAUCCCAGAACUUUUUUCCAGUCACAUUCCCAGGAAGACAAUUUCUGUGUCUUAUUAUGCUGUUCCACAACCACCUGA